UGACACUAUACAAAGGACCCGCACACGCAGACGCACACGCACACGCAAAAGCAGCUUUUAGCUUUUGGUUACGCAGCCGAACCUACAUGAUCGAAAACGGCAGCUACGCAAACGCCAAGGCCUCAUGCCGUCGCCAUGGAGGAGAGCUGCUACGCACGCGACGACCCCGUGAAUCCUUGUCAUCGGCAUGCAUGGCCAUAAAGUAAGGAAGAGUCAACUGGAGUCACGUGCAGGGAAGGGGGGAGGAGGAACAGUUCAACGCCAUGAUCCUGCGUAGGGAUCGAUGACAAAAAAUGAAAGUAAAUUGCUCCGUGCGAUCAGUUUUGCUUAGUUUAUACUGCACUUUAGAGUUGAGACUCCCAUAUUCUCACCCUUUUCCCUCCCCUUCGAGAAGCCUCUUCUCCACUCCAGCAGCUCCAGAAAACCACCCACCCAGUCUCUCCGCCUCACCCCGUUCUUGGGAACUGAAGGCAGCAGGGAGAAAUCAUGGGUAACGAAUUCGACUACCUGUUCAAGCUCCUCUUGAUCGGCGACUCCUCGGUCGGCAAGUCCUGCUUCCUCCUCCGUUUCGCUGACGACGCGUAUGUUGACAGCUACAUCAGCACCAUCGGCGUUGACUUCAAAAUCCGCACGGUAGAGAUUGAUGGGAAAACCAUCAAAUUGCAGAUUUGGGACACCGCAGGACAGGAGCGGUUCAGAACCAUCACAAGCAGCUACUACCGAGGAGCUAACGGAAUCAUCAUCGUCUAUGACAUCACGGACAUGGAGAGCUUCAACAAUGUCAAGCAAUGGCUGAGCGAGAUCGACAAGUACGCCAACGAUAGCGUCUGCAAGCUUCUUGUCGGCAACAAGUGCGAUCUGGCUGAGAGCAGGGUCGUCGAUACUUCCGUGGCACAGGCUUAUGCUGAUGAGAUAGGCAUUCCUUUCCUAGAAACAAGUGCUAAAGAUUCCAUCAAUGUUGAGGAGGCUUUCUUGGCAAUGUCUGAAGCAAUCAAGAAAAGCAAAGCUGGCAGCCAAGGAGCCUUGGAGAGGAAGGCCUCCAAUCUGGUCCAGAUGAAAGGUCAGCUGAUUCAGCAGCAGCAGCAGCAGCAGCAGCAAAACAAGAGCAGCUGCUGUUCAACAUGACAGCUUAGCUAUCUUCCAGCGACCACGGUGAACAUGGCAUCUGCUAAAUACGUACCUCUGUGUUCCUUAUCUUUUAUUAACACUUUGGGCUGCAAAUUGUAUCGUAAGCGAUUUCAGAUAUUCCUCUGUGGAUUUUUUGGCGUAGCAAUAUAUGUUGAAGUUGAGUCAGAAAACUCCGCGAUUUUGACAGUUCUCUGAUUAACACGACAUCCAGAGUGUUAUGCCAAAUGAACCAGAUAUUGUAGUGUACUGACUGCCAAAUCUGGAAGAUGGUGAAUUUACAUA